AGUUUCCCCACGUCCUAGGCCCAUCUCAUCAGCACCUCACGUUCGCGAGGAUUUACGACGCCAAAUUGAGCGCAAUCGUCUUUCAAGACACAGUGCGGAGGAAAUUGAGACCCUCCGCAAACGUUUGGCCGAACUUGAAAUGCGACAGAAGUCACAAGAAGAUUCGCCCCGACAUGUCGCGACGUCGGGAAACGUUGUUGUUGAGGCAGAUUCUCCGUUAGCCCCUGAGCUUACCGCGGAGCCACUCCCUCAGCUACGUGCAGCUUUCCGGUCACAUUUCAUCGGUGCUCAGAUUUGCCUUAUUCCAAAAGAAUCUAUUACUAACAUUGUGCAAAAAGACGACGAGACCGUCAAAGAUUAUGUGGCCCGAUUUAAUGACCGGAUUCAGAAUAUGGAGCCAUGUCAUCCUGAAACUCUAUUAGUAACCGCCAUUGCUGGAUUGAGGCCCAAUUCGAUGUUUCGUUGGACCUUAUGUCAAAAUAAGCCUGCAACGUUUCAGGAGUUCCUCGUACAAGCUCAACAGUUCAUCAUUGCCGAAGAAUCCAUGUCGGUCCCCAGUUUCGACUUUUCGGUAAAAGAAAGUAAGGGUGAACCGGAUGCUAAGAAGAAAAGCAAAAAGAACUUUGGGAAGUCCCAAUUCCGGAACUCCUCUAGGGGGUAUGAAAAUACCCCAGAGUCCCGGGCUGCUCGCGAUCAAUAUUCGGACAAUGUCAGGACAGGUUACCAUGCUGUUUAUUCUGCUGGAGCGGCCACCAUAUAUGAAGAGCUGAAAGGGAAGGGGAUUAUUCCAGACCCCAGGCCAGUGAGAACUCCUGAAGAUAAGUUGGAUAAAACUCGCUACUGCGCGUACCACAAAUCUCCAGGGCACAAUACCGAUGAGUGCCUCGGUCUCUUAUCGGCACUCUUAC